AUCAAAAGCUCUAUUUUUUAUGUAAGCGUGAGGUAUAUAAAUCAAGGGUCCUUUGCCACUACUCUUUUCUUUCCACUCUCUUUUUCAAACAAUCUAUACUCUACAUAUUUGUUUGGUUUUGUUAGCUCUCAAAAUUUACCUAAUAAAAAUCCAACCUUUAUAUUUCUCUCUCUAAAUAACACCAAUCCACUUUAAACUUUUUAUCUAUCUCUCCUUUUCUCUCUUCUUCUAGCACAAAGAAGGGAGUUUUUGAAGAAAACCCAAAUUUGAAAAAAGUGUUUUUGAUUUGUGGGAAAAAGCUUGAAUGGAAGGCACAGGGUGCUAAAAGUAGCACAGGAUCUUAAAUGGGGUUUGGUUUCUGUUUCUGCAACUCUGACUAGGGCUUGAAUGAAGUUAUUUAUUAUGCUGAAAUCAAUGUUAUUUGCAUAAUUGACUCCUUCUAUAGUCUUCUUUUCAUCUCUUUUCUUUGGGCAGUCUUUUUUAGUCUUUUUUCUCUUUCUUGAGAGGGGUCCUUCUUUUAUGAAAAUUUGGUACUUCCAAGCUUUGGAAAUGGUAGCUGCUAAACUCGUGUGAACAUUUUGGUACAUCUUUUGGGUACUUGGUUUUUGUUUCAACCCUUUGGCAAUUUUACUUUCUCAUCAUUUAAUACUAUCUCUUCCCUCUUUCUCUUUGUCUCUUUUUUUUUGCUUCCUUACUUCUAAUUUUGUUGAGUUGAGUCUUUAAAGUUCCUCAUGUACUCAUUUGAACCUUUUCAUUUGGUGGUUCACUCUUAAUCAUUGCUUUGUUUUGUACUCGCUACCAUUUGGCCACUAUUGAAACUUCUAAGUGAAAGUACUUUAAUAAAAUUUUAUUUGAUUUUGUUAUUUGUUAGUUGAUAUAAGUUGUGAAGGAUAGUUUGAUAUGAGUGAGAAAGAAAAGUUUGAGGUAGAUAGAAAUGGGGAUCCUAUGAGUUAUUCUAGUGGUAUGCCACUUGAUUGGAGAUUUGGGAGUGGCAAUCUUGUAAAUUCAUCUGUUGGUUUGGUUACUAUUGGAAAUUCUAUGAAUAUCAAUAGAGGAGAUCUAAUUGGCUCUUCUUCAUGUUCCUCUGCCUCAAUGGUGGAUACUUUUAGUCCUAACUUUUGGGACCAUCCAACUAACUCACAAAAUUUGGGAUUUUGUGACAUCAAUGGGAGUUCUUCGAAUGCCGCCGGAAUUAGAAAAGAUGGAUUUGGUUUUGGUGAUGGUUUUCUACCAAAUGGACAAGGGGUUUUUCAAAAUAGUUUGUCUCAGUUUCCGACGGAUUCAGGAUUUAUUGAAAGGGCUGCGAGGUUCUCGUGCUUCGGUGGAGGGAAUUUCGGCGAUGUGGUUAGUUCGUAUGGGAUUCCUCAAUCCAUUGGUAUGUAUGGUGGGACAGUCAGUGCAAUUCAUGGAAAUAGAGAUGAACUUGCAGGUAUUGGAUUGAAAGUAGCAAUUGGAGGACAAUCUCAAGAUAUUGAUCCUAAUGUUGUUGAAGCUACAAAAGCCGUGUCUCCAUUGAUUGAGCAUAUGGCUACUCAAGGAAGUCCUCUAAAGAAUGAUAGAAGCGACAGCCGUGUCGUGUCUCAUGAUGAUGGGAAGCAAGCUCUUGUUAGACCUGUUAAUGAUUCUGAUAGAGGUGAAUCGGGUGAUGAUGAUGGUGACGGUUGUGGACAGGAUGAUUCACCAAUGUUGGAAGGUACUAGUGGCGAACCUUCUGUUAAAGGACUAAACUCGAAGAAAAGGAAAAGAAAUGGACCGGAUGCUGAUAAUGAUAGAGCGAACCGAACUCAAGAACUACAAAGUGAAGGUGCAAAGGACAACCCUGAGCAUCAACAGAAGGGAGAUCAACAACCAAAGGCUUCUGGGAAGAAUGCUAAACAGGGCUCUCAAACUUCUGAUCCACCUAAGGAGGAAUACAUACAUGUUAGGGCUCGUCGGGGUCAAGCAACAAACAGCCAUAGCCUUGCAGAGAGGGUGAGGAGGGAAAAGAUAAGCGAGAGAAUGAAGUUUCUUCAAGAACUUGUGCCUGGAUGCAGCAAGGUCACUGGCAAGGCAGUGAUGCUGGACGAAAUCAUCAACUAUGUACAGUCACUUCAACGACAGGUUGAGUUUUUGUCUAUGAAACUUGCAACUGUAAAUCCACGGCUGGAUUUUAAUAUUGAAGGCCUUCUUGCUAAAGAGAUUCUUCACCAACGGCCCGGUCCUUCAUCUGCACUAGGAUUUCCUCUAGAGAUGUCUAUGAAUUUUCCUCCAUUACAUCCAUCUCAACCACGGAUGAUUCAGUCAAUUAUUCCAAACAUUGCCAACCCGUCCGAUAUCCUUCGAAGAACUAUUCAUUCACAUUUAACACCUUUGACUGGAGGAUUCAAGGAGCCAAAUCAGAUGCCGGACGUGUGGGAGGACGAGCUUCAUAAUGUUAUUCAAAUGAGUUUUGCAACAACUGCUCCCAUGAGUAGCCAAGAUGUUGACGGUACUGAUACAACAAAUCAGAUGAAAGUUGAACUUUGAUGUUAAGUCUAUACACCGCAUUCAUCUUCACUACAGCGUGAAUUUUGUGGCUUUCGUUCUAGUCAGACGGAAAUAACUACGGUUAGAGUUUUUGAUAUAUGACUUGCCAAACUUGAAGGUUAUAUAUCCUGAUGAUGCCAAGGACUUUGGGGGCAAGUCACACCCUACAAAAGCUGGAUGUAAGUUAGAGAAAGUAUUAAUGGAUGCUCCUUUCUUUUGAAGCGUGAAUAUAUAUAUAUACAUAUGUAUAUCAUAUGUUUAGAAGUGGAAGUCUAUUUUACCAAAAAUUGGUUUGCUCACUAAAUAUAAUUGAAGAAUGUAAAGACAGGAUCUCACUAAGUAAGUUGAUCAACCAUGAGAAAUUCCAUAGCAUUUUUUGUUGGGCUGGCCAUAUUUUAGUUUACAGUGUGCAAUUAUGGUUUUGAUUUGUGGUGCUUGUAUAUAAUGUAUUAAUGUUUCCCCCCCAAUUAAUGUAUUAUGUGACCAGAGUGCUAGCAACACUUUCUAAAACAACACUCAACACUUUAUAAAACUCAUGAACACCCUCAUAUUGGUGUGCACUUCACUA